AUGGGUCAUCGGCAUGUUAAUGUUUCAGAGAAAAAACAAAAUUGGGUAAACGAUUUUGCCAAACCAGGAGAGUAUGUGUCGUACUAUUUACAGACAAGUUUUUUUGGCAGAGAAACCUAUAUUGGCAAACAAAACAAACCGGAACCUGACUUAUUCCAGGUAAAGAAGAUAUGCCAUGAACUAAGGGUAGAAUUGCGUUCACAUGGGAAUGAUAUUACAUCAAAUGGUACUACAAUUGAGCAAUUGAACGAAAUCGAAAGAUACGUAGUUAAAUCAAUUGCAGAGAUGGAAGAGAGAAAGAUGCUUUAUGAUAUUGGGAUUGAGACAGAAAAAGAACAGUCAGACAUUAUAAACAGCACUCACAAAAAAGCAACAUACCAGCUAAAAGAGGGCAUUGUGGCAUUAUCUAAAGGAAACUGUAUUGUGGACAUUGAUUUUAAAAAAGGCUUCUUUUCAAAUGUUUCAGGUAUCUUUACUAUUAUCCCCGAAAUUUGCAAAAUGAAUACACUCCAAAGCUUCUAUAAAUUCGAUUCUUCUUUCUCUCAGAACCUUCCCAAAGUUAAAUUGGAGUUGGAAUUCAAGCCUGCAAAUCUAAGUGACAAGCCUGACUAUCCAACGUUUAUUGCCAUCGAACCCACACUGGUAAUUAUAGAUAUACAGUCUGAAAAACAUCUUCCUGUCGUUUUCGAUGACUUUUUUUUACUUCACAAUAAAAAAGAAAUUGUCUCAUACUUUAGCAAGUUUUUAGUCUACCUGUCUAAAGUUAUAAAGCUUUCAAAGCAAGGUAUUCCUGUUCCAACGCCCUUGAUUAAGACAUUAGAUUCGUUAACGCACUUUGUUUACCAAGAAAUACCAAUAAGCGGUUUAUUUAGAAAGCAAAAUGUUAAUUUGAGCUGGGAAUACAAUAGGUCCUUUAAAUCUUUCAGGAGUACAGUGGAAAUACCUUUAGAAUUUGACAUUAAGAAUAUUACUAAGCAUAAAAUAACAUUGUUGCCUGGAUUUCAAACUUGUCUUUUUGCAAGGCUACAUAAACUUGAAUUAAACAUCACAACCAAAACAGGUAAAGGUGGUGUUACUUUUUUACCUAUACAUGUUGUUUGA